UAAUUCUAACAUUUUAACUACGCGCUGUUCUACGAUUAGUGAAGCAAAAUACGCGCCGUGUUUUAUGGCAAAACAAUUAAACCUUCAUUGCGUUGAGAGAGUCUCUCUCGAUUAGCUGAUCUGAUCUUCAACCCGCCGUCUAAUGGAUCCGCAGACGCAGAACACAUCGUUGCAGCGACUCCAGAACGUGGAGAGGAGAGUGGUAAGGGUGUUGGAUAUAGCGGGAGGAGUAAUGGAAGAGCUGACGAACCCUUCUGGGCCCAGGAGAGAUUUGGUCAAGUCUCUUUGCGGAGAGUUCAUGCAAUCCAUCAAGGAUAUACAAGUGACACUAAGGGAAGAGAUCAAAAGCGCCUGCGAGUACCGUCCCUUUGAGAAAUGCGACUACAAUUCAAGGAUAGCUAAUGAGAUCUGCUUCCAGAAGCUUCAAUACGUUCUCUCUCAGCUUGAUCAUCUUAAAAUAACUGUUGACCGCUAUCCGUCUUCCGAUUGAACUCUUAUGAAAGUAGUUUGUAGAGGUUUUAACUAAAUAUCCUCUAUGUUGGUUGUAUUGAUAUUAAAAGGCUAUGCAAAACCAUUACGGUGUAGUUUCUACCCUUCUACUUAUCGUAAGUGGAAUUUUCUUUCUUUCUGAUUGCAGGCGGGGUUGACUUGUAAUCAAAAGUGAAACUUUUCUUUCUUCGUAU